UUUGAGAGGAUAUAUAUAUAUGUAUACAAAAUCGGUUUUUAAGUUUUUUUUUGUGGUGGAAAAUAAAAAGUGAAUAAUAGUUAAGAUUAGAGAAACACGAUAAGAAGAAGAGAAGUUAAAUAUCAUUGAUAUUUGUUUUUUUUUUUUUGAAAAUAAAAUAUCGAUCGAUUGGAGUUAUACGAGGAUGACGAUGACGAUGUUCUGGUAGAGGCAGGACCUUUCCUCCUCCAGGAUAACGAGAAAUGGCGUACGGAAUAUCAUUCGAAGCUACUCUCAGCGGCACUGUACUUUUCCUACUGGUACUGCUACAAGCGGCACUGGUGUGGGAGGAGGUACGAGCCGCACCAGCCAAGAGAAACGACAUACUAGCUGGGACGGAGUUUCUUUCGGUCUUCAUAAACGGUGCUAUGGCGCCGGCGCCCCAAAGACGACGAGGAUUCCGUCGUGGUGGUCAUACGUCAUCUUUAUCCUCAUCAUCGUCGUCAUCAUCAUCCUCAUCUUCUUCAUCGUCCUCUUCGUCUUCGGGAGACAGCGUCAGCUCGGAGUCCCAACACGAAGCAUCGAUUUACCGAAUCUCGAGAAAUCCCAGUGGCCGAACUAGUAGCAUAACGACGAAAACUCAACAUUCCGGUCGUAGUCCCGACGAAAUAGUUCGUUUCUAUCCUAUCAGUCGUGAGAAAAAUGUCAACGACAACGGACAAGAAAAUUUGGCAUCGUUGAUCGACGAUUUGAGCAUGGCUACGAGCUUCUCACCAAAAGUUACCAACAACAAUCAAUCGUCCAGGUCUAACAACAGUAUCACCAGCAAUAACAGCAAUGCUAGUAAUCAUCAGAAAGGUAUAACUAGCAGGCAAAAGGUUAUAGGUGUGAGUGUAACUUCGACGGUCGAAGCAACCCCUUAUAAAGUUAGAGUCGAACAUUACGAUAGUUCCGACGCUCCUGUUGUCACAAGGCCACCUACUCUCAUUUCGACGACAUCCAACAAGGAUUCAGAGAAGUCUACUUCUAGGACUACUUCUCGACCGGUUACCGAGAGAUCUACUUCACCAACACCUACGACUAGUACUACUACUAGUACUACAUCUACGACUGUGAUGACACCAUUACCAGCUCGUUUGGUGACAGAAGAACUUACCAACAUCGUCUCGGAAUCAAAUAGAAGCGAAUUUUCCGUUGACGAAGGUUUCCCGAAAACCAGUUGGCGUCAACAGGGAUCCAUCACUCCCAGAACGACGACUAAACAUACUUCGAUCUAUGGAUCGUCCGAUAAACAACGUCCAAUCGUAAGCAGCACAACUUUAGGAACGGACGAAGAAAAUUACGAACUACCCGAAGACAAUUCGGAACCACACGAGAUACACGAGGAACCUAUGGAAAUCGAUUCCGAACAAAUCUUACCGCAAGGUAGAAAAGCUGGAAGACAUUACGAGGGUUCUCACUUUAACAGAGCAACCUCGAAAUACGGUCAAUCGUCGAAAGCUUACAAAUCUUCGAGACAAUACAGCGAACCUGCUAAAGUAUACGGCGAACCGGAAAAAGUUUACGGCGAACCUGCCAAAGUCUAUGGCGAACCAUCCAAGGUUUACAGCGAGCCCGCCAAAGUCUACAGCGAACCGGCCAAAAUCUAUAGCGAACCGGCCAAAGUUUACGGCGAACCAGAAAAAAUCUAUAGCGAACCGUCGAAAGUUUAUUCGGAACCGGCCAAAAUUUAUUCAGAACCGGCUAAAAUCUAUUCCCAACCUGCCAAGAUUUACGGUGAACCGAGCAAAGUUUACGAUUCAGAAGGUCAGCCAUUGAGACGCGAACAAUCCGGUGAACCUGAGGAAGAAAAUUACGAGCUCGACGAAUCGGUUAGCGUUGGUAGCAAUGGUAAAGCUUAUGGUCCACAAAUGACGAUAACCGAAGCACCCAAUUCGUCGGAUGUCGAGGAUGGUCACAAAGUUGGUUAUGUUGAGGAAGGUCGUAAUUAUCACAAAUACAGGGUUGAGGAAAGAACGCCCGAUGGUUUUAUAGUUGGUGAAUAUGGCGUUGUCAGUCACGACGAUGGUUCGCUCAGAGGUGUCAGGUACACGGCUGAUGGUACCAUCGAUCCAAGAUUGAUCUACGAAGCACUCAUGAAGUUCCUGGCUCUUUGAACAUUCGACAAAUUUAUCGAGAGUCUUAGGAAGUCUCCUAAAAAACAAAAAAAAAAAACAAAACAAAUUAAUAAAAGCGAUAAGUUUCGUUGAUCUUCUCCGUCAUUCAAUGGAAGCCACAAAUUUUUUUUCAAUAAUCUACCUUAAUCCUAUUUAUUUAAAAAACAUUCAUUUACAAGUUUUUAAUAUAAUCCUAUAUUAUAUCUAUAUAAAAGACUCUAAAGUUUGUUGCAAAAAAGUGUGCUUUCCAUUGGCGGGAAUUUUCAAACGAAAGAUUUACGCAACACGACUGAUUUCUUAUGUUUAAUUAUGUUUCUUUACUUUUUCUCUUCUUCUUCUUCUUCUUCUUUAUUUGUUCUUUUUUUUUCUUUUCUUUUUCUUUUCUCUUGCCAACUUAACUGCCUCAGUAUAGAAUUGUUUGAUUUAAGACGAUUUUAAUAAAUAUUUGUUGGAUAUCGAAUGAACAGUUAACCAGCAACAACGACAACAACAACUACUAUUGCUAUUACUACGACAACGAUAGAUUAUAUCGAAACGAUUGCGUGAUUAAUGACGAACGAAAGUUGUCCUUUCGUUACUAGAAAAAGUACUAUGAACUUUUCUAACGUCUUGCCAAUGUUUUAGAGUGUCUGUGACCUUCGUGAUGAUCGUUCGCUGGCCGCCCGAUCCGAUCGAAACGAUCCGUUCCGUUCCUUCCUUCCUUACUUCCUUCCUUCCUUCCAUUUAUUUUCUUUUUUUAUUCUGGUUCUUAAUUCUCCAAUCUAGAUUUGUAUCGUCCCUGUUUUUACAAGAAUGUCGAACUUGUUCUGACAUUUUUAAAUAAAAAUAUCAGCGUUAAUUAGUUGACACCUGUUAACAUAAGACAGAAUGCAAAUGAAUAAACAAAAAUUAUUCGUUUCAUAUAGGUUCAUUGAAACGUUUCUUGAAAAUGUUUAUUAUUUUUCUCUACAUUUUUGUUUCCUUUUUUUUUUGUUUUCUCACACGUUGACUGCCAUGUAGGUAACACUCGUGACUGCCAUUAAUUAUAUUGUUUUAUUUGUAAUCUUAUGAAUUGUGGCUUCUAUGAUAAAACAUGUCAAACUUACGUGACAGUUAACGUGUUAAUAUUACAACUGCCAAUAAUUUUCAUGAAAAAGGGUUGAAAAUGCUAAGAAAAAUGAAUGAAAAUAUUUGAAAUAUGCAGUCAUAGAUUAGAUUAAUUGUCAAAUACAAUGUCAUAUUCACUAAUUUGGUGGUUGUAGUGUU